GCAGUAUAUCACAUCACUGCCCAACUAGCCGUUAGGUGACUCUCCAAAUAGUCAAAUACACAUAACAUGAAUACUGAAAAAUAUAUCCGUUAAACCCUCUCUCUUCAUCCUCAACCCGGUACAAAUCAUUUUCGCCAUAACCAGAACCCCGUUGAAAAAGAAAGCCUUUGAAAAUGGCAAUUCGAGAGGGUUCGAACAAAUCCCCAGAAAAACCAUCAAAAAGGCAAGCAGAAGCCAACGAAAAUGGGCAUCUGUUCAGUCCAAGGUUUCGAUCGGUGGCAGCCAUGGCAGGUUGGGAUGAAGAGGCGCUUUUGAUUGCAAGCCUCAUCGUUGAGGACACUCCUGAUCGCCAAAUCAAACAUAACAAGCAAUCUGAUUUACAUGGUUUUAAAACCCCACCAUCCAAUUCCAGAAGAAAACGCAAGGCUCAGAGGCGGAGCCCUGCAUCGAUACCGAUCACUGUUCUUGAUCUCGAGGAAAAUGGGUCAAAACCGAAACAAGAGAGCGAGAAAACUGACAAGAAGACAAGUGUCAAUGAAGUAGUAGUAGAGAAUAGAGAUUGUGAUGAAAUGAACACGAAGGGCAAUGAUGUUUCCAUCUCUGGUCUAGGAAUAGCAUGUCUCGAUCGACUUCGGGAGGAGCUCUCUUGUGCUAUUUGCUUGGAGAUAUGUUAUGAGCCCAGUACAACACCUUGUGGACAUAGUUUUUGCAAAAAAUGUUUGCAUUCAGCAGCUGAUAGGUGUGGGAAGAAGUGCCCCAAAUGCAGGCAGCUUAUAAGGUGCAAUAGCAGAUAUUCCACGGUGAACACUGUUCUUUGGAACACGAUUCAGCUGUUAUUUCCCAAGGAAGUUGAAGCAAGGAAGGCAAAUGAUCCUUCCACCUCAGAUAACAAUGAACUAAAACGGGAAACCCAAUCAAGAAGAAACAGAAGUCUUCGUACACAAAACAGAGCAGUUCUGGCCUUAAAUAGUAGUCCAGAGUCUGAAAACCGGAGGAAUCAUAGUUUAAGGCACCGGAGUUCAAGGCCUUCCGGUGGUACGUCAAGCAGACAACAGCAGCACAGGUUUAGUACAAGGAGGGCAUUGCCAAGCCAAGAUGAGGAUGCUGCUUUGGCUUUGAGAUUGCAGAGGGAGGAAUUUAUGGAGGCGUUUAGGGCACCGGACGAGCCUAGCAGAGACCCUUCAUUUGCUGUGGCUAGAGCUAAUUUGAGGGCCAUGGCCUCUAGAGCUGUUAACAUUAGGAUUAGGGGACGGCGAGAGUAGAAAGCAAUGCUAAUUUUUUACUUGUAUCUUGUGUUAGUGAAUUCUGCUUGUGUUGUUCAACUUAUGUUGAUUUGUUUAAGGAUGUUAUAGUCCUCUCAACUUAUGAACUCUGUACUCCUUUGAAUACUUGGGCUUUCGAAUAAUACAACUUCUUCCAUUGGCACCACUGUCAUGACAUGAACUGAUAGGUGACAGAUUUGAAACAUUAAAA